UUUAGCAUCUGCUCCGGUGUCAUCCCGAGCCAGGCGCUGUCUGUCCGCGGCACCCAUGAGUGUCAGGCUCCACCCCGUCCUCAGAGGGGGAGUAAGACCCGUCCCCACCGUCCGGGCCCUGGAGGGCUGCCUGGAGGAAGAGGCCUGCAGGCCCGAGGCCUGGGCCCCGCACCCUGCUGCUCUCCUGCAAACUCUCUCUGCGGAGCCUCAGUUUCCCCACCUGGAAAACAAACCAUCCGGGACAUUCUAGGAGAGGCUGGUGGGUGACCAGACCAGAAAGCGAGGGGCAGGGGGAAGCGCCUCGAGGGGCCUGGGCAGGCGGGCGGCCGGGGCCUGGGCUCGCGGAGGACCCAGCGGGUGGCUCGGCCCCGCAGCCCCCGGCCCAGGCGGAGGGCGCCCCCUGCGGGCCCCCACGGCCCCCUCGCCCCGAGGCCGGCCAGAUCCCGGCAGGCCCAGGGCGGGAGAGGCCGGCUGGGAUGAGGUCACGGCUGGAAGGGGCCGGGCUGGGGCUGCCAUCCAGGGUGGGGCCUGGGGUCACGACCCCGGGCGCAGGCAGCCAAGAGGGAGGAUAUGCCUUCCGCGAGGGAGCGGGGAGAACACACACACACACACACACACACACACACACACAGCGCCGGGAGGCGGGGAGGGAAGAAAACAAGCCCGAGGACAGGCCGGAGCUGGCCGGCCCGGCCACGUCGCAGGCGGCUCCCCAGGCCCCCCGGGUGCUGGCCAUGGGCAGGACAGGGAGGCGGGGCCCGGCCGCCGCACGUGGGGAGCAGGGACCACGUCAGGCUCCAGUAUAUAAAUCAGGCCCGUUUCCCAUCCGAGCAUGAAGCUCUGAGAAGGGCCGCGCGUCUGAGGUCUCCUCCUCCUCCGGGCCCGCGGAGCCAGCCCAGGAUGAAGGUCCUGGCCGCAGGAGUCGUGCCCCUGCUGCUGGUUCUGCACUGGAGACACGGGGCCGGGAGCCCCCUGCCCAUCACCCCCGUCAACGCCACCUGCGUCACCCGCCACCCCUGCCACACCAACCUCAUGGGCCAGAUCAGGAGCCAGCUGGUGCAGCUCAACAGCAGUGCCAACGCCCUCUUCAUCCUCUAUUACACGGCCCAGGGGGAGCCGUUCCCCAACAACCUGGACCGGCUGUGCGGCCCCAACGUGACGGACUUCCCGCCGUUCCACGCCAACGGCACGGAGAAGGCGCGGCUGGUGGAGCUGUACCGCAUCGCCGCCUACCUGGGCGCCGCCCUGGGCAACGUCACGCGGGACCAGCGGACCCUCAACCCCGCGGCCGUGGGCCUGCACGGCAAGCUCAACGCCACGGCGGACGCGCUGCGCGGCCUGCUGAGCAACGUGCACUGCCGCCUGUGCAGCAAGUACCACGUGGGCCACGUGGAGGUGGCCUACGGCCCCGACACGGCCGACAAGGACGUCUUCCAGAAGAAGAAGAUGGGCUGCCAGCUGCUGGGGAAGUACAGGCAGGUCAUGGCGCAGCUGGCCCAGGCCUUCUAGCCGGGGCCACGGCCUUCCACGCAGGGGCCACGGCACCCGCCACGGCCACGGCACCCGCCACGGCCACGGCACCCGCCACGGCAGGGACUUCCACGCAAAGGGCCACGGCCUUCCACGAAACCGGCCAUGGCCUUCUGCACAGCCGCCACGGCCUUCCACGCAGGGGCCUCUCGCCACAUGGCCGGGGACCAAAGCCUCGCCAAACCCAAGUGCCUUCGGCCGGCAGAGCUCGCCGGCUUCCUGGUGGGCUGGCCGGCCGGAGCCGCUCCGGGGAGGACUCUGCCAAAACCGAGCAAAAGUCUGAAGAGCUCCCGCCGGGCCCUGGGGCGUGUGGGCUGGACUUCUGCCCCACGUGUCCCCGUGGCCGUGGCCUUCGUGGCCGAACCGGACACGUGACCUCCGGCGACCCUGACCUCGGGCGAGGAGGCAGGGUCGGGGGGGGGGGGUGGCCGGCCCCCCACGGAGUGACCGGCAUUAGUGCCUUUGCUGUCUAUGGGCAGACCUGGGAGGCCGGGGCGGGCAGGCCACGGGGGCUGGGGUCCCAGGACCCCGGGCCUCUGGGAGGGUGGGGCGUGGACGUCAGAGAAGGGAGCGCUGGUGGGAGAUGCUGGGACGAGGGUGCCGGACGGAGGGGGCCGGGGGAGGCAGAGAAGCCGCCCGGGGCCGGAAGGUGGGUGUGGGGCGGCAGGUGGCAGUCAGGUGGGGAGGCGGGAGGGGACCGGUCUCCCUCGGGGGCCGGUCUGUCCCAGGGCAGGGGGACGGAGCCGUGCGAGGCCGCGGCCCCGGGGUCACACAGGUAAGGAGAGGGGGGAGCUGCCUCCGGUCCCUGGGCACGGGGACGGCAGAACUUGAGGUCAGGGUCUCGGGGAAGCCCCCGGGACCCCGGAGCACGCGAGUCUAUUUAUUAUGAUGCCUUAUUUAUAUUAACUUAUUGGUGCUUUCCGUGGCCAACGACCCCUUCCCCUGUUCUCUACCCCAUAGAAAUAAUAGGGUGGCCCUUCUCGGAGCCAGGGCCAGGGCCAGGGCCAGGGCCAGGCUGGGCUGGAAAUGGAGGAUGUUACACGUGGGAGGAGCCUUAGGGGAGGAGCUCAGAGAAAUGCCCCCCCCCCCCCGCUGUGUUUUGGGGUGUUAGGCUGGGCACGCUGUGGAGUGGCUCAAGGGGGGUCUGUUCCCAGGCCAGGACUGCAUGCUGCUGGGCUCCAAGGGGUCAUUCAAUGCCCGUUCCGGGGUGCCCCUGGGACUGUGCACAGAGGGGCCCUGGGCCAGGCAGCUGGAGCAGCCGGGACCCAGCAGCACCCCGCAGGCUCGCCCACAGCGGGAGGCGCCUUCUGGGGUGGCCCGGACACCCACGGAGGGCGAGCUGGCGGGCGAGCGGGCGCGAGGGCCUGGCCGGCCCUCCGGACGGGGCAGGGCAGGGAGGAGGCCCUGGGAUGCGGACCAGGAAGCUGUGGUCCCUCCCGGCCCCCCUCCCCCCAGGCCCCCACCCAUGUCUGGGCUCCCAGGCAGGGAACCCGAUCUUUCCCUUUGUGCGGGGGCCAGGCCAGCGGAGGAACGCCCGCCCGCCCUCCGGGCUGGGAGCUGGGGCAGCUGCGGGGAGCGGAGCCGAGCCGUGUCUGGCUGCUUCUCAUACCCCGAGCGGCCGGCCGCCUCCCGUCCCUGCGUCCGUCCGUCUGUCCCAGCAGCUCAGCCAGUGCAGUGGCAGCACUUUCCCCAUCCCACCCCCACCC